AUGGACCUGGGCACCGCCGCAGCAGCCCUCGCCGGAGGAGCAACGGUCGCAGCCUAUCUGAACGCCAAAUUCCACAUCAAAAAAGACCUAACAGGCGUGCUGGCCCUACGCAAGUCCGAACGCGAGUAUGCGCGAGCAGUCGAUCGCAAACGAGGAAACGUAUGGUUCGUCCUCCUCGAAACCGCCAAGCGAUACCCCAACAUGACCGCUCUCUGGACGCGGGAAGCCUCCUACACCUACCGCGACCUGCAAGAGCAAGCCUGCCAAUACGCGCACUACUUCCUCGCGCAAGGCGUGCAGAAAGGCGAUCUGGUCGCCUUCUACCUGCAGAACCGCGCCGAGUUCAUCAUCGCAUGGGUCGCGCUGUGGAGUAUCGGCUGUGCGCCCGCGGCUAUCAACUACAACCUCUCCGGCGACGCCCUGGUGCACUGUCUGAAGAUCAGCGGUGCAAAAUUCACUCUCGUCGACGAGGAUGCUACCUGUCGUGCGCGUAUGGAAGAGGUCCAGUCUACCCUCACCGGUGAACUGGGCAUGAAGCUCGAGACGCUGGACUCGCCGCUGAAGACGCACAUUCGCUCGUACCCGACCUCCCUCCCGCCGAAGGACCUCGCUCUCAAGAUGGACGGCGAAUUCCCGGCAAUCCUACUCUACACAUCGGGGACAACAGGCCUGCCAAAGGGCUGCGCCUUCACCAUGUCCCGCCUCUACACAAGCCUAUACAUCCGGCGCAGCGCAAUGGGCGACGAAGAAGGUCCACACGGCGACAGGUGGUACAGCUGCAUGCCACUGUACCACGGCACGGCCGCCAUAAGUCUAAUCGCAAGCCUAACAACAGGCGUUAGCAUCGCGCUAGGCCCGAAAUUCAGCGUUCGCAAUUUCUGGAAAGACAUCCGGGACUCCGAGUCCACGAUUUUCGUGUAUGUGGGCGAGACCGCGCGGUAUUUGCUUGCGCCGCCGCCUUCGCCGCAGGAUAAGAAUCAUAAUGUGAGGUGCAUGUAUGGGAAUGGACUUCGCCCAGAUGUGUGGGAGCAGUUCCGUGAGCGGUUCGGUGUUGCUGAGAUUGGGGAAUUCUUCAAUUCGACUGAGGGUAUUUUUGCUUUGUUUAACUAUAACCGUGGACCCUUUACUGCUGGGAGUGUGGGACACCAUGGCUUGAUUAUGCGCGGUCUCUUGCAUAAUGUUUUUAUUCCUGUUGCUAUUGACCCCGAGACGGGCGAUGUAUUGCGGGAUUCGAAGACUGGUUUCGCGGUUCGUGCGCCGUAUGAAGAGGGCGGCGAGAUUCUUGUUAAUAUUCCCGGGAAGGAGGCAUUCCAGGGCUAUUGGCGCAAUGAAGGUGCCACAGAGAAGAAAUUCUUGCGCGACGUCUUCAAAAAGGGAGAUCUCUACUACCGCUCUGGCGACGCCCUCCGCAGACAAAGUGACGGCCGCUGGUACUUCCUCGACCGACUGGGCGAUACAUUCCGCUGGAAGAGCGAGAACGUCGCAACCGCCGAAGUCUCCGAAAUAAUCGGCAAAUUCCCCGGCGUAGCCGAAGCAAAUGUCUACGGCGUAAAACUACCCCACCACGAGGGCCGUGCCGGGUGCGCAGCGUUGCAAAUCACGCCCGAAGCCCGACAAACCUUCGAUUACGCUGCACUUGCGCGCUUCGCACGCUCGAAGCUGCCUCGCUAUGCGGUGCCUGUUUUCCUUCGGAUUGUGGAGAACUCGACGCAUAUUCAUAACCAUAAGCAGAAUAAGGUGCCGCUGAGGGAGGAAGGUGUUGAUCCUGAUCUUGUUGGGACGAAGGAUGUGAAUGGGAAGAAUGAUCAGUUUCUUUGGAUUGCGCCGGGGGAGAGCGAGUAUUCGGUUUUUAGUCGGGGGGAUUGGGAGAGGGUUAAGGGUGGGGUGGCGAGGUUGUAG